ACUAUCUCACCAUAAUCAGUUUCCCCAUUAUUGCCUUCCCCACACAAUCAUCAUCACCAUGUCGACGACCUCUGCGACCACCACUACAACCGCCUCCUCCACACGGGUUGGCACUGUAUCUGUGCUAUCGGAUUAUGAACUGCAUCACUCAGGCGAGGCGACCCCUUCACCAUCACAAGAAUCAACCUCCAGCACAUCACCCGCACAGCCCGCCAACUGGCCUACCGACCAUCGCCGGGUGCCUGCCUACCGUCCGGUCAACCGCGAGCUGAAUCUAAGUGAGCGACAGGCGGGCGCGAACAGAGCCGAAUUUGUGUUCAUUCAGACCAUGCUACACGGUGUUUGGCUGAACGCGGUCGUGUCACGAGUCUGGCAUGCGACGGGGGGGAAGAUCAACGACAAGAUCUUUCACUACGAGAUCGGAGGAGAGUGGUAG